AUGGACGAGCACAGAACGCUGCCUCACGAGCGAUUCGCGCUCCGCCGACUCCCUGCCGCCACGCUGACCGCCGCCAACACGGAAAACUCGCCGUAUUUUGCAGGGUCGCUGUUUGCGGCGCCGCUGAACGAAACGCGGCUCUGUCUGCACAUUCAGCUCGUCGCGGAGGCGCUGGCUCGCUUCACUUUCCGCGUUACCGAUGCGGGACUGAUUUUUUCGCGGGGAUUGGAGGCGGAUUCGGUGUACGUGAAUCAUUGGCUGCAGAAAGUGGCGUCGACGCCGCGACAUGCGCUGUUCUCCCCGCGGGACUCGCUUCUGGAGAGCGUGGAGGAGGAGAUGAAGGCGUGGGCGACGCGGACGAGCGUUACAAACGUGGAAACGGAUCUGAAGGAGGAGGUGAAGGUGUUCGCGGAUAACGAGGGCGAGGUGUCGGUGUUCGUGGCGAAGUCUCCGCUGUUUGACGUGUACACGUUCGGCGCGGUGUGCUUGUAUCUGACGGGAAUGUACGGAGUGGUGAUGGCGAUGCACGGAGGAGCGGAGGAUGUGAAGAGAAUGGUGAGGAAGGUGAUGGAGAGACUGGGACUGAAGGGAAGGGCGAAGGAGGAGUAAAGGAAGGAAUGAAUGAGUUUGUUUAUGGGGUUCGAAAAAGGAAAGAAGGAAGAAGAAAUGAAUUGA